CCAAAAUUUUUCAGUUUUAAAAGUUUUCUGUAUUUAGAUCUCUAUGUCUGUUGGAUUUCUCCAUACAAGGUUUCUCCUUUGUCCUUUGUUGCAUGUGGGUGUCGGGUUGAGUGUUGCGCUGGUUGUCGGAGUCGGAGGCAGAGGUUGCCAUGGCAGCUAAGAAGGCGUGUGAGUCCUUGUCUAAGAGCUUGAUAGGGGAGGUUCACAAAUGGGGUUGCAUGAAGCAGACGGGGGUUAGUUUGAGGUACAUGAUGGAGUUUGGGUCCAGACCCACCGAGAGGAACUUGUUGCUUUCGGCUCAAUUCCUCCACAAGGAGUUGGCCAUUAGGAUUGCCAGGAGAGCCGUCGAGCUCGAGCGUCUCCCUUACGGGUUGUCUGAAAAACCUGCUGUUUUGACGGUCCGAGACUGGUACUUGGACUCGUUCCGUGAUGUAAGAUCGUUUCCAGAGAUUAAGGAUGCAAAUGAUGAGAAGGAGUUCACGCAGGUGAUUAAGGCAGUAAAGGUGAGACACAACAAUGUGGUCCCUAUGAUGGCUUUAGGGGUUCAACAACUGAAGAAAGGAAUGGACCCAAAUAUUGUUUGUGAGGAUCUUGAUGAGAUUCAUCAAUUUCUAGAUCGAUUUUACAUGUCAAGGAUUGGAAUUCGCAUGCUUAUAGGGCAGCAUGUGGAGCUGCACAAUCCUAAUCCUCCUCCACAUUGUGUGGGGUAUAUUCAUACAAAGAUGUCACCUCUGGUGGUAGCACAAAAUGCUAGUGAGGAUGCUCGUGCCAUUUGUUUGCGAGAAUAUGGAAGUGCACCUAAUGUUACGAUCUAUGGAGAUCCCAAUUUUACAUUCCCCUAUGUCCCAGCACAUCUCCAUCUCAUGGUGUUUGAGUUGGUCAAAAACUCCCUACGUGCUGUCCAGGAAUGUUUUAUGGACUCAGAUAAAGUUGCACCUCCAAUUAAAAUUAUCAUUGCUGAUGGAAUUGAAGAUGUUACUAUAAAGGUGUCAGAUGAGGGGGGUGGGAUACCAAGAAGUGGUCUUCCCAAAAUUUUUACCUAUCUUUACAGCACUGCUCGAAACCCACUGGAUGAGCACUCAAAUCUUGGAACAGCUGAUGCAGUUACAAUGGCAGGAUAUGGUUACGGAUUACCAAUUAGCCGCUUGUACGCUCGGUAUUUUGGAGGGGAUCUGCAAAUUAUAUCUAUGGAAGGGUAUGGGACUGAUGCAUAUCUUCAUCUGUCUCGAUUGGCAGACUCACAAGAACCAUUGCCAUGAGUCCAGGGUGCAGACGUGCAGUUCAAAGCCAAAGAGUAAGCAUAAGGUCUCAUAAUCAAUUCAUACAAACAUGAUGCAAGGAAAGUUGUUGGAUGAUGAUGUUUGAAGGAUAAAGUUGCUGUCAAUUUUUCAUGUUAAUAAAUUGGCAGUUUUCAUAUAACCAGUUGACAUAUUACUUGGAUUGGUUCAAAAUGAAAAGUUCAUUUGCUC